AUAUACUACGGAUCAUACGGAGAGCUCAAAACAUGGCCUGCAGACAGAGAGAAGGUCAAAGACAUUGCUCGAAGGUACAGUGAACUAAGCGAGACGAAGCGAAGCAAAAAACAAUAUGAUCUUCGCAAGGUUCUUGAAAGUAUCAAGAAGGAUGAUGAUUCCAAGAAGGAAAAUAAUAAUAAGAAGAAGAGAGCGAAACUUGUAUCUCAUUACAAGUAUCCGGAUUGGGAUCGGAGGUUUGAUAAUUACUCUGCAGAGCAACUCGAGGAGCUGAUUAUCUCCUUGGAACGUAGUCAGACCAUGAUGCAACGCAGGCUUGGAGCUGUUGUUGAAGCUCAAACACAGAGGAAUAUGCAUUACACGAAUAUGGCUCGUCAUGAACAGAUGAUUCAAUAG